ACAGUCCGAGAGAAUGGUUCUAUUCAUAUUCACACAAUGAAGCAAUGGCCGAAACUCCUUAAAGCUUGCCAAAGAUACUUUACCUGUUGACACUUUUGCUGAAGCCAAUCUUUCAAUUUGUUAUGCUGCUUCGGUUUCUUUGUAUUAAAGUUCCACACCCUGAUGUUUUAUUGUACAGGAAAGAGCAUUUGGUGUUAUGGAUGUGGCCCUUUGAAGCUUUUGUGUGCUGCCAAGCUGCAAAGGGCAGAAAUCCUCCUUCUGCUCCAACCUUAGUGGCUGUAAAAUGGGCAAGCUCAUUGAGGCGGUCUGCAUUCAUCGUAGAUUGGCAUAAUUUUGGAUACACCCUUCUUGGCUUGUCCUUGGGAAGAAGUAGUCGCUUUGUUACUGUAUAUCGUUGGUUUGAGAAGCAUUAUGGGAAAAUGGCAAAUGGUUCGUUGUGUGUAACAAGGGCAAUGCAACAUGAAUUAGCACAAAAUUGGGGAAUUAGGGCCACAGUCUUAUAUGAUCAGCCACCUGUUUUCUUCCAUCCAACUUCACUUGAAGAGAAACAUAAGUUGUUUUGUAGAUUGAAUGAAAAUCUGUGCCAUCCUAUUGGUGUUAGAGACUGUGUAAGCACUGGAAGUAUGGAAUUUGGGGAUGAAACACUAUUUACAAGUCACAUUGGCAAUGACUUCUUGUUGAAGCAGAACAGACCAGCACUUAUUGUUAGCAGUACUAGCUGGACACCAGAUGAAGAUUUUGGAAUUCUCUUGGAAGCAGCAGUUAUGUAUGAUAGCCGUGUUGCUGCAAUAUUAAAUGAGAAUGAUUCCACUGAUGAAGGGGUUCUUUGGAAGGAGAUCUCUAAUGGAAAGCAGCUUUUGUAUCCAAGAUUGUUGUUUAUCAUUACAGGAAAAGGACCUGAAAAGGAAAAAUAUGGGGAGAAGAUUAAAUAUUUAACGCUCAAACGUGUUGCAUUCCGUACGAUGUGGCUUUCAGCUGAGGACUAUCCAUUGCUUCUUGGAUCAGCAGACUUGGGUGUUUGUCUGCAUACUUCCUCAUCAGGAUUAGACCUUCCUAUGAAGGUUGUGGAUAUGUUCGGUUGUGGACUAGCUGUAUGUGCUGUUUCCUAUUCAUGCAUUCAAGAACUUGUUAAAGUUGAGAAAAAUGGACUACUCUUCUCAUCAUCAUCAGAGCUUGCUGAUGAGUUAUUGAUGCUCUUCAGGGGAUUUCCUGAUGAAUGUAAUGCUCUAAAGUCUCUAAGAAAUGGUGCAUUGGAAACGAGUUCCUCAGCUAGGUGGGAUACUGAGUGGGAAGAACAUGCUAAGCCAUUGAUAUCUGAGAUUACAAACAGGGCCAUUGGAUUGAGGGAUAGUCCCCAAUAUCAAAGGAUGUGCUUCCAGCACGACUAAGGUUUUCUAUCUCUCUUCUAAUUGCAGGUUAUCUCUCAGAAUUUAAAAUAAACUCGGGUUUCAUUCGACCUGCAUUGGUGUGAUUGAGGGGUUGUGUUAUACGCGGCUUCCUUACCUUGCUGACUCGAUGCGACAUAUGCCAUUAACAUUCGAAAAAGGCUUAAUCUGUGUACCGUCUCUGGUGGCAAACUUGGCAGGGGAUCUUGAUUUGUGAAAACGUGCAGUCUAGAUCGGAGAUUUAUGGUUAUAUAAUUUAUGAUUUUAUGUAGAGCAAAAAUCACUAGUUUCACUCCACUUUGAUUGAAAAUUUUGUUGUAUGAUUGAGAGGCCAUUCAUAAGCUUGAUCUGGUCCCUUAUCUACCAGUUUUCCGGCUCUGCUAAACAUUUUUCACCCAAUAAAGGUCCUAUGUAUUU